CCCCUUUAGCUUUAUAACCCCCCCAGGAGUCCCCCACCUUCUCUUCUUCUAAUCCGAACCAAAGAUAAAAGAAGAAGCGAGGGGAGCGUCCCAGCGGCAGCACAGAGGUAACAGUCCAAAAUCGGUACCCACCCACCAACCAUUCAAAAUUUCUUACCAACCUCUUCCAUCUCUUCGCCUUUUCUCCAAACGGCUGGUGGGGGAUAGCGAGAUAGAGAGAGAAAGAGAUAAGGUUUUGAAGGGAUGAAGAAACUAGGGAGGAGGGUCCACCCGACCCCCGCGGCCGCAGCGACGGCGGCGGCGGCACCGUGGGAGCAGCUGGCGGCUCUCCCGGCGGCCUUGAUGGCUCUGGUGACGGCACUGACGGCGGAGGAGCAGGAGGUGCUGGCCUACCUUCUCUCCGGCGGCGUCGGAGGGGGUGUAGGAGGUGGUGGGAAGGGGAAGUGGAAGGAGGAACGGCGAGGGCGGCAGCAACAGCAGCACCACCCGCCGGAGCUCGGUUGCCAGUGCUUCGGGUGCUACAAGAGCUUCUGGGCGCGGUGGGACGCGUCGCCCAACCGCCACCUCAUCCACCGCAUAAUCGACGCCGUCGAGGAGACGCUCGAGUCCAGGGAGCGCGCCCGGGGGAGGGGACGCCGCCGGCGGAGCGGCCGUGGCGGUGGACGGAAGGGUGGGGAAACGACGGAGGCGGCGGCGGCGAAGGCGGAGGAGGAAGAGCUUUUCCGGGUGGAGGGGAAGGGUUUCAUGGUAGCGGACGGAGGACACGUUGCGGAUGAUGAUGAUGACGAGGAUGAUGAUGAGGAUGAUGGGGAGAAGGGAGAUGAGGUUAAUGGAAGCGGUGGUGGUGGGGAGAGUAAGAGCUCGGUGAGGAGGUUUGUGAGUUUUAUUGGAGAGAGGGUUUGGGGAGUUUGGAAUUAAUGACCCAAAAAAGGAAAGAAAAAUUAUUAGUAUAUUUGGGACUUGGGAGGAGGGCAAAAAAUGUCUUGAAGGUCAGUUUUGAUCCAAUCUCUCCUUUCCUUCUUCCUUCAUUUCUUUAUGUUUGUUCUUCCCCCUUUUUUUUUUCUUUUUCUUUUUUUCAGGCAAGAUAAACUCUGCUUUUGUUCUGUAUUAUAUUUUUCCUUUUUUGCUUGCAAUGAGAAAUAUGGACUUUCUGGGCAACUAAGGCCUUGUAAAAAGGAGAAAAAAGUGGGAAAAAUGGUUUAUAUCCAUCUCUGCUCUUCUUCUUCCUCUAUGUUUGAUUUUAUUUAUGGAAUUUCUCAUCUUAUCCAGAGUACAAAGAUUCAGUUUUUUUUCUAGUCUAUUUUUAGAAGAACAAGAGAUGAUAACACUUGGAAUGGGAACUUUUCUUAUAUUAUUUAUUUACAGGGCUCCUCUUUUGUCUUUUGGGUUUCAACUUCUUGGUUGAUGGGAAAUUGAACAUAAUAUUCUUGGACUGAUGAACCAAAGAAGGGAAAGCUGUCACAAGUGAUAUGGACAACCAUGGCCUCUUUGUUUGCUAAUUUUUAAUUUGAGACUAGGGGCUUCUAUUUAGGUGAUUGAAGGUGAUAUUAUGAGAAUUAGAAGAUUGGAAACUAGUUUGGGAACCCACAAGACUUUUGUAGGACUAAAAACCAUUAUUGCUCUGUCAGUAAUUAAUAUCCUGUCAUCAAAUAUGUACCAUGUUUUUCCAUAAUUGAGCUAUGAAUGCAAGCCUCAUUAAUUCAUUGCUGCCAAAUAAUUAUUCCUCAGUCCCUUUUUAAUA